AUGUCCAUCCGUGUGCUUUUCCAAUCAGUUUAUGAUCUGCAACAGCUUUCUAUUGUGUGCGUGUUCUCAGUGCUCCUUUUUCUACUACUCUUCUUUUAAAUUUUCAAAUUUUGAUUGCUUGUUUUGUUUUUCCUUAUAAUUUUCCCUUUUUGUUUGCCGUUGACAUUUUGUUAUGCCUUUGUUUUUGAUGAGAAAAAAUAAAAUCCAAGUUUUCUUUUUUUUUCCUAAUGUUUUGGAAGAGUUUUUGCUUAAAAUAUUUUUCCUUCAAAAUAAUACACUUUGAUAAAAAAGUAACUUGUAAGAUGAAUGAAAAUGUGGAAAAGGCGGAGGAAGUAGUGGCGAUUUUUCAACAGGGAUACAGAUCACAAGGCCCAGUUUGAGGCGUGAGUUUCUUUUCUUAUAUGGCGUAAAUACGAAAAAGGCGAGAAAUUUAAAAAUUCGAAAAUUUUAGGCGCUUCAGGGCUUAAGAACAUUCAAAAAGAAGUUUUUCCUUCAAUAUAAAAAUCUGCGUUCAAAGUGCUUUCCGAGAUAUUUGACAUAGCCGUCACAGACGGAAAAACAUAACUAAAUUUUGGAGAGUCAGAGAUAAUUUUGCAUUUCGCAGAAAUGUCUUAGACGACGACAUAAAAACGCAGUCCGUUCAUUCGCUACAAGGUUUUGAAUCUAAAGUUUUUUGUAUUUGUUUUUGAUGCACUCUCAUAAUCAAUCAACGUUUUAUUUCCAAUCAAUAAAAACAUAAUUUUAUGAAGGAACUGAAAAUUGCACUUUUUUUUCUAGAUUGUCCAGUCUUUUUGCUCAACUUUUGCCGAAUCCGGUUGUCCAGGAGAUUGAUGUCGACAAAAUUGUUCGAAUUAUUGAUACAGGUAUGGAGCGAACAUGGAAAUUAUAAAUAAGUCACUAAUUUCAGAAGUUUAGAAGAAAAACACCUAUAUUUAGGUUAUUUUCAUGUAUGAUAAAAGUUUUUUUUCAGUGUUCUGGAAUUUUUGGUUAUUUUUUUUUCUGUACACGAGGUGUUAGUGUGAGCGAACUUCAAAAACGGAAUAUCCUAGAAUUGAAGCAUUGAGUGUUCUUUGUCGGUUUCAGCUGAUUUUUUAUUCCAUUAACAAUCUAGUUUCCGGAAAGAGUUCAUUGAACUACACUUGAUGAAAUAGUGUGCGGAAAAAAGUGAAAUUGUAACGAUCUUCUGGAAAUUUCAGUAAUCGCCUUGGAAACGGGAAGUAUGGUGGUUUCGCGCCUGUUUGUAUCCCUGAUCACGGACCGAUUGGAGAGCGGAGAAGACGUGCCGGUCGACGUCGUCAGGAGAAUCGCGGAGGGAAUCUUGGGCGUCAUCAAGACGAGGACCAUUUCUUAUGAGGAGCAGGUAGAGAUUUGUCGAAGAAAAAAAAGAGAACGAAGAGAAUAAUUGUAAAUUUUAUUCAAACGAAAGAUUUUUUUCGUUCUGCGGGUACAAUCAAUUUUUCUGCGCGUGAAAGAAUCAAAAUAUACCAAUUUGAAUUAUUUAUCUUUAAAAGAUGAUCGUUUUUUUUUAGUUAUAAUGUCAUCUUCAAAAAUAAAUUACAAGUAAUCUAAACUUUCUGUGAUUUUAUAGAAGAAAAACAGUAUAGUAGAUUAUUUCAUGAUCUUGGAUUUUUGUGGUCAUUUCUCAAAAAAAACUUUUUUUGACUACGUACCAUGAUGCUUUGACAAUAGUUCCUUUUAUUUCAUUUUUCAUGCAAUCCCUAUAAAGUAGAAUAACUAAUUUAUAUAAAAGUUCGAAUUCUAAUAUUACAAAUCUUGUACAGGUUUUGCACGCUGCGACUGAUCCUGGCGAGUAUUUACGAGAAAGAGGGCAGGAUUCUGGAUGCUGCCCACAUGUUGAUAGCCAUCAAUUCGGAUAGCAGCCCAAAGUUCAAUGGGUAAGAUUUAAAGAUGCGAAAUACGGGUAAUUGAGCUAGAAAUACAUGCAUAGAAUAGUCAAAUUUUCUUUUUACUCUUUGUUUCAAAAAAAAAAGGUUUUUGAUUAGGGGAUGGUCUCAUCUCGCAGUGGUACUUCUCACGGAGACUAGGCUCACAAGACGAGUUUUACCUAGAUUCCAAAUCUGGAAAAACUGCGCUCGAGACCUGAUUAAAAUAUUAGGGUCUCUCAAAAGGAUUGAGGAAAGAACAAACAGGCUGUACUUUCAUGAGUAAAACAAUUCUACUGCAACAUACUCUGGGAAUCAAUUUAAUUACCAACACAACCUCAAAAGUUGCACAGUUCAAGACUUUUUCCACUGGAAAACACAUGAGACUGAAAGUAUUUUUAUUUUCCAAAGUCGUUAUUGGCCUAAUCAACAUUUUCGCUUGAUUGUAGUUUUGUUGCAACGAACAAAAUACUGGUUUUAAGAAAAUCGGAAGAGCUUCUUAUUUUUUAUCAAUUCAAAAAUACAGCAAUUCUAAAAGUGAUGAAAUUUCAGGCCCAAAGCGAAUAGCGAGGGGGCGAAAGCUCAGCUGUGCAUUCGGAUCACUCAGUUGCUUCUGGCGGCUGGAGAGGUGAGAUAUCUCUCUAGCGCUCUCUGAAAACCAACUUUUUAUAAUUUAUUGAGCUAAUUUUCGAGAAAAAAAUAAUUUUUAUAUGGGAUCCAACUUCAUUUUCAUUCUCUGAUUUUCUGCGAGAAGUUUGAUAUUUUCUUUUUGAAAGAUGAGCUGCAAAUUCUGGAAAAUGGGAUUUUAUCGGAAGUUUUGUUAUGAUUUUUCGAUCAGAAGAAAAUUAUUUUCAUUCUUUCAAGGGCUUUCCAGUUGUUUUAGCUGUGAAGUAGUGCUAGAAAAUAAAUUUUUUACGAAGGUUUUAUGGAUAUCUUUUUUCUACAAGGUUUUUAUUGAAAAAAUUUAUCUCCAAAUUUUUCUGAUUUUUCUUCAUAGACAGGAAAAAAGUUCACGGGUUUAGAACGCGUUUAGCAAAGACCUAAUGAUCCCUCAAAUUCUGUUGUUGGAUCAUCGAAAAAAAAAAAUGAAACUUGCUCUAAAAAGAAACGAAGUUGCUUUAAAAAAAAAGUUAGCACGGUUUCGAAGGAAUUUGAGACGCCGAUGAGCUCGCUUCUGCGUUUUGAAACAUGUUCCGUUACUCCUUUGAACCGUCAUAUGUUUUUGAAGCAUUUCAAGCCAUGGCGAAUAUUUGAAAGAUCAAUUCAGAUCGACGAAGCCGAGCAGUUCGUCAACAGAACGAGCGUCCUUCUGGUCGACUCGAAAAACGAGGAACUCGUGAUCGAGCACAAAGCCCUGCAGGCGCGAGUCCUCGACGCCAAACGGCGCUUCAUCGACGCCGCCCAGAGAUUCUACGAGCUGAGCGUCGUUCCGCUGCUCCCCGAGUCGGACAGACUCACCGCCUUGGCCAAGUCCAUCAUCUGCAUCCUUCUCGCCAAACCCGGUUCGACUCGUUGUUCAGCUCCUGUAGUCUGAAAUCUCCUAGGCAACCUUCGUACGCGACUCCUCACGACCUUGUUCAAAGACGAACGCGCUCAUUGUUUGCCUUCCUUCGAAAUCGUCACCAAAAUGUACCUCCAUCGACUGAUUAACACCAGUGAAGUGCGAUUUCCUUUAUUUAAUUGUUCAUUCAGAAGUUCGUUUUUCGAAUAUUAGAUCAAUUUUAUCAAAAUUAACAAGGAAAAGCUUUAGUUUUGUAGGAGGAUAAGAUGAUUCGAAAAAAAAAAUGUUUCCGAAAAGUUUCGUAAGAUAAAUGUUUUUUGUCGAAUUUCUACGAAAAAUAAGUUCCUGAGCAUUUUUCGCUGAGCCUAAAUUGCAGAAAAUAGUCAAAGCUCGUGCGAAACAAAAGUUCAAAUCUGUGUUUUUCAGCUCACAGAAUUUGAACGAGAGCUUCAGCCCCAUCAGAAGUUCGAUGAGGACGGCGAAUCUAUUUUGAAGUGAUUUUUUUUUCCUUCGUGUUUCAAGUUUUAAAGCUUUCUGCGAUCACAAAGUUUAAAAGUCUAGAUUUACAAUUAAAUUUUUAGUUGUUCCAAAUUAUAAAGUACGGAUUCAAUUGCGAUAGAACAUUUUUGCAGAAGCGUCAUCCAGGAACACAACAUCACGGCUGUCAGUCAACUCUACAGGAAUAUUUCGUUGUCGACCCUUGGAGAAUUGCUUGGAAUCAGUGCGGAGGAUGUUAGUCGAUGGGUUCAAAAUAUUGAAAAAAUAUAUAUGGUGGAAUAAUUUUAUAAUGAUAAUGAAGUUUAUAAAGUUCAUAAAAUUGAAAUAUGCUUUUAUAACCAAUGUCGCACAUGGAAUGGUUGCGGUUGGAAUCUGUUCUGUUAAUUAUUUUGCGCCCAGCAGCUUGCUCUAAUUGCUCCCACUCCCUAUUUUUUUUCUAAUGUGACGCGCUUCUUAGUUAUCGAGCCAUUUUCAUUGCGACCAUUGAAUUUAAAGUCAAUUUGAACUGUAUAUUUAUUUUCAAAUUUCAGGCCGAAGUGAUGGCUGGUGAGAUGAUCGCCUCGGAACGGGUCUUUGGAUACAUUGACCAGACCGAUUCAAUACUGCAUUUUGAAGGUUUCUAGUCCUUUUUUCACAUCCUUUUAAGUUUCCAUGAAUCAAAAGAGUUUUCAGACCCGAACGUUCUGCAAUCCUGGGACCAACAGAUCCACGCGACUUGCAUGCAAGUGAACAAAGUCAGCGACCUGAUCGUCUCGAAAUACCCGCAAUUUGCCGAUUUUAUCAGCCAUUAG